GCUGCUGCUGCUCAUCCCGACAUCACCACGGCGGAAGGCGAUUUAAAAUAACAACAAUAGUAAUAACAGCGAAGGGAGACGACCCAGAUGGCGUUUCGUGUGCGUUAGGAUUCCCCACCUGAUGAGAACUCCUCCCGAGCCUUUGACUCUAACAGGAUAAUGAGGAGGAGGAGGAGCUGGAAAUCUCAGGAACGACUUGGAAGGUUUCUCUAAAGUCUCAAUGAAAGAAGUAGGAGCGCUUCUCUAGUGUGUCACUGAUGGCUAAGAAAGGCCGCACGAAGGGCGAGAAGCCUGAAGCCCUGAUUUCUGCCUUACAAGCAGCCAAUGAAGAUCUCAGGUCUAAGCUCACUGAUAUCCAGAUAGAGCUGCACCAAGAAAAAUGCAAGGUAAGCAAGCUGGAACGAGACAAGGUGCAGGAGGUGAAGCGGGUGCGAGAGCAGGAGCAGCAUCGCCACACUGCCAUGUUAACGGAGCAACGGGCCAAAUGGCACGAGGAAAAGCAAAAAGAGCUACAGGGCCUCAGGGAAAACCUUACACGGCAGCAUGAGCAGGAGCUGGCACGGCAUGCCAAGAUCAAGGAUCAAGAGAAUCAGCGUCUCAAGACUGCCCUGAAUGCCAUGCGAGAUGGAAGUGGAGAAAAAGUGCGGACGGCGCUGACCCUGGAAGCCAGAGAGGAGGCGCGACGCUUCUUCGACCAGGAGAGAGUGAAGCUCCUCCAGGAGAUAAUCGAGCUGAAGGCUUCCAAGAAGCAGACCGACGAGGCUCUGAGCAACAUGAUCCAGGCAGACAAAAUGAAGGCUGGAGACCUACGGGUCGAGCAUCAGCAACAUCAGGAACAAAUCUCUAAGAUCAAGUGGGACUGUGAGAGGGACAUCCGCAGACUGGUGGAUGAAAUCAAAGGUAAAGACCGCACCAUUUUCUCUCUGGAGAAAGAGCUGGAGUCAACUGCUGGGUGCCUACAGAAGCUGCAGCUGCAGAAGGACGCCUUGGAUGAACAACUGUUCCUUGUCAAAGAGGCAGAGUGUGGCCUGGGAAGUCCAAAAAGGGAAAUUCCAGGAAGAGCUGGGGAUGGCGCCGAGCACUGCGGAAGCCCUGACCUAAGGAGAAACCAGAGACGUGUUGCUGAACUUAAUUCAACCAUACGCAAGUUGGAGGAUCGCAACUCAUUGUUGGCUGAUGAGAGAAGUGAACUUCUAAAACGAGUUAGAGAGUCCGAAAAACAGUGCAAGCCCCUGCUGGACAAGAACAAGCUGCUGAAUAAGAGGAAUGACGACUUGACUCAGACCAUCCAGAAGCUCGAGGAGAAACUGAAGAGUCUAACGAAGGAGAACCAUGAAAUGAAGGAGAGGAUAGGUUCUCACCCUCCUUUGAAGAAGCUGAAGUCCCUUAAUGACCUGGACCAAGCACAUGAUGACCAGGAAAUAGCCUUUCUCAAACUUCAAGUGCUGGAGCAACAGAGCAUCAUUGAUGAACUAACAAGAGAUCGGGAAAAACUGCUGAGAAAAAAGAGGCAUAAAAGAAGUUCAAGGCCAGUGAAGAGGCACAUAGUAGUAGACACCUUCUUUGGCUAUGAUGAAGAGUCAAUGGAUUCUGAGUCGUCCUCUGUGGCGUCAUUCCGCAUGGACAGGACCCCGGCUACACCUGAUGAAGACCUGCGCGAUGGUCUUGCAAAUGAGGAAUCAGAGCUACGUUUUCGUCAGCUGACCAGGGAGUAUCAGGCACUGCAACGAGCCUACGCCCUGCUGCAGGAACAGAAAGGAGGCAUUCUGGAUGCUGAAAUGGAAAACAGGGCUCACGAGCAACUGCAGGCAGACGUGCUCCGGUACAAAGGCAAAAUAGAGGACCUGGAAAAGGAACUGAACUUGAAGGGACAGGAUUCCAAAUGGGUGGAGGAGAAGCAGCUCUUCUUACGAAGGAACCAGGAGUUGCUGGAAAAGGUGGAAAAGUUGGAGUCGGAAUGCAGUCGGCUUCAGCAGGAACUUCAAGACUCCAGAGACCAAAAUGAGCUGCUGGAGUUUAGGAUACUGGAGCUGGAAGAGCGUGAAAGGAAAUCUCCACCUUUUAACCAUUUGAGGAUGCAUCCGUUCUCUGAGGGAGUCAGUGCGCUGCAGAUAUACUGUAUGAAGGAAGGGGUCAAGGAUGUGUGCAUACCAGAUUUAAUCAAGCUACUAGAUAUCCUUGGAGACAACGGGAACUUGAGGAAUGAGGAGCAAGUGGCAAUAAUUCAGGCUAGCACUGUUUUGUCACUGGCAGAAAAGUGGAUCCAGCAGAUAGAAGGGACGGAGGCGGCGCUGCAUCAAAAGAUGAUGGACCUGGAGAUAGAAAUGGAGAUGUUCUGUAAACAGAAAGGAUACCUGGAAGAGGAGCUGGACUACAGAAAGCAGGCCCUGGACCAGGCCUACUCGCAAAUCCAGGAGUUGGAAGCAACGCUUUACAACGCCCUGAAGCAGGACAAGGUGAUAAAGUAUGGCGAGCCUCUGAAUGAGCUCCAGAAGGACGAGCUGAGAAUGGCGGUGGAGAAGCUGAGGAGGCAGAUGCUGAGGAAGAGUCGAGAGUACGACUGCCAGAUCCUCCAGGAGAGGAUGGAGCUGCUGCACCAGGCCCACCAGAGAAUUCGGGAUCUUGAGGACAAGACAGAAAUCCAGAGAAGGCAGAUUAAAGAUCUGGAGGAAAAGGUCGCGUGUCAGCUUGGAGGUCUUGUUUGGGACUACAGUGUUGUUUAUUUGUUGGACGAGCAGAAACCGGUGUGUGUAGCAGUGGCUGUUGUAACAUCAGUGAUUCCAGAUGUUGUUGUUGGAUUUAGCCGGUGCACACUUCAGACCUUACCUUUCAUGUUUUAUUUAAAAAGAAACUUCAACUGAAGUUAGUAUCUUCAGGAUUCCGCCCGGGACCGUGUUUAUUUUCUUUAGCAAAGUGGGACAUUGAGAAUCUACCCCCCCCAAAAAAAAGACGAGAAGACCUUGAGAGGCUUGCGAUGAGAUGUAGACAUACACAAAUAUACAGACGUUCAUUGUUUACACACACGCAUGCAUAUGUAAACGCCAACACACACACACACACACACACACGUUUUGACAGUUCAAAACCAAAGCCUGGAAGAUGUUCUCCCUGCCAUGCAGGGUUAUAAAAAUGUCCACAACCACAAUGUGAACAUAAACAGACAGAAAGACUCAAACAGUGGAGAAUACAAACAACAGAACCACAGCCUUCCCUCUUUUUCCUUCUCCUUCAUCAGCUGCCCAAAGCUCCAAGAUCCUUCGUUUUGGGAUGCAAGUCAUCGAUGAGUAGAAGCGAGCCAACUCAGGGCCCGGGAGUAGCUGUCCGAGCAGCUCUGACCUCAGGCCAGAGAGUAAGGGACAUUCGUGACACGCUGCCUCACCUUCUGGCCUGUCGUCGCUGCUCCGGGAACGGUGCUUUACACGGACUGCUUGCACGCUCCAGAGGGUUAUACCUGCAAAAAGACAAAGCUGUCUUGCAGACAGUGGCGUGUACAGACUCCAAAGAGGGAUCACGAACACUCAGGUUCAUCACUGGAAAUAAGGUCACGAAAGGUUAAGAAAGGAAGAGAUGACUCCCUCCAAGUCGGCUCCUCUCAGCUAACAUUUUGACGAGAAAAUCUGCACAUCGAGGAACUGCUUCUUAGCAGAAUUCUUCAAAAGCCAGAUGACUGGAAAGGUGCAGCUCUCUGGAUUUUUUUUUUUUUUUUUUUUUUUUUUUACUGUUUCCACCACUCAAGCACUGGUUCUCAAGAUUCCCACAUAAAUCUAUAAUGUAAUGUAUAUAAACUGUUGAUAUGUACAUGAGUCACAGUUAUUUUACGUAGUAUCCCUUAUUAUUUUUUGUGAUAAGCUGUUUUUUUUUUUACUCUGAAGCAGCUUGAACAGUUAUUGUACUCAGCAGUUUAUAAAUGACUUAAAAAGGGUAUAAACUGCUGGUUUAUUGUGGUGAUGGCUGCAAAGAUUAACUUUAUGCCUAUAGAGUGAUAACUGAAAAGCUAAAUGAAUGUGGCAAAAAAAAAGAGAAAGAAUUUGGGUUUUCCCUUCCCCUUUUCCUACUGAAUACCGCUCACUCAUGGUACUGGAUUUAUCAGGCUCCAGGUCAAUUUGUCCCCUUCGUCAGUUCGUACCCUCAUUUCAUACCCAAUCAUUACUGUUUUGUACCCGUGUACUUAACUGUAGUGUAUGGCUGUAUUUCUGCUGGACAUCAGUAAGUAAGGGUGUAAUAAUGCAUCACAUUCAGGAGGCAAUAUUAUAUUACAGUAAUGUUUUUAGGAACUCUUUUAAUCCCCAUUUUAUUUUGUAUUAUCACAAAUAGAGUACAGGUUUCAUAAAACCCAAGCUGCCUCUUUAAGAAGAGACUUGUCGUCCAGGUUAGACUAGUUCAUAAAUUGUGGUUUAUGUGCUUGUCUACUUCUAAUGUAGUCCUUGUGUAAAAAAAAAAAAAAAAAAACAAGGAUCAGAAAUGAUCUCUUUAACUUAAAUUAAAUCUGAAAGUGUUUUUUUUUUUUUUUUUUUUUUAAGUUAUCUGUAGCUCAGGUCUGAUCAGUCUUAGUUACUGGUAUCCAAAGUCAUCGCUUACCUCCUUUCAGAUCAUAGUUCAGCAAUAAACAUGCAAACAUGAAUCCCCCGUUAGGGAUCCCUUUGUCCUUUCACAUCAAACAACUCGAUUUGUCUCAGUCACAGGCCCCGUGUGCUGCUCUGAGAUUGCCGAACCAAAUAGGAAUGGUCUGCAACUCUCAGCAUUCAACAGAUCAACGGGCUUGACCCGGCGUGGGUUUUCCGAGGGGAAAAACCUUGAAAGGCCUGAAUUUUUUUCGAGAUCCUCUCAAAGGUCUUACAAAUCCAUUGAGAUCUUGGAACACCAUAUUCUGCUGAAUGACAUAUUUAAAUGCAGGGAUUAAAGGACAUGCAGAUCACACAAUGACAGGACAAUCGGAAAGGGUCUCUUUCUCUGGUUAAAUACACCUGAAUCAAAUGAAUAGAUCAUUGGCAUAUUGACGCUGUUCAGACGAGCCAAUUAAGUCUUUUAAUCAGCUGUAGGAGCAGGAACACAUCUAAAACAUUAUGGACGCCGGCCUCUGAGGACUAGAAUUGGACAGCCCUUGUGUAAGUACUUUAGAUUUUGAAAUAGAGAUGAUCAAAUGUAAUCCGGGCUCAUUCAAGUCUGUGACACAACCCUUUAGUUUUGAGCAAAGAGGAAGCUACACCGAAAAAGUUACAUUUAUAAGUUAUUAGUUAUUUAACAUCUAGUCCACCUUUAAUCAGUUGAAUUCAUGAACACAAUUUAAGAAUUAAUUCCUUUAUUAAUUCAAAAUAAGAGUUCAAAGCAUAGACAGCCAAUCUUAUUUUUAGCACUUUUAUAGUCACGGCUCAUAUUGUCUAUACUAUCUACACCAAAUAAAGUCCCAUGCUAAAUUCUUCCUUCUUUCAGAUAAUACGCUACUUAUGCAAGAUUGCGUCGCCAGAGGUCGCCAGAGCUAGUAAAAAUGCCCAACCAUGUUUGGUACAAAAUGCCUCACUAGCAGAUUACUCCUUUUUGUCCUUUUCUCAAAAAAA